AUGGCCUCCCUUCUGCGUCGCGGACUCGACCUCCUCGCCCCGCGGUCGUCGUCGCCCAGGCGGCAAGCUGCCAAGCACAAAGCCCAGCAAGCCUCGGGCGCCGAAACCGCCACCACCUUCACAACGGCCGCGACGUCGACCGCCCUCUUUGCGUCGGUUGACCGCACCGUCGAUGGCGACGACUGCGAUCGCGACUGCGCCUCCUGCACGGUCAAGUAUCCCGCGAAGUUUAAUGUCGACUACGAGGACACUCUAUACGGGCAUGUGAAGGGCUGGGCAACGCAUGUCCUGGUCGCGACGGGGAAGACGGACUGGGUGAGGGAUGUCGCCGACGAGAAAGGCAGCGUCAUGGAGGCCAUCGACAAAGGCCGCGUUCGCGCCAGCAACGGGGCGCUAAAGCUCUCUGCGUCGAAUAUCCCUGUGCCGGACGAGUACUAUGAUCAUCCCAAGGGACAGCAGCCGACGACCGUGUUGCUGCUCCCUGCCUUCACCGUCGUCGACCAUGUGACCCCGGCCUUGGUCCCCGACUUAAUACACAAUUUCGUGGAUCGCUCGCCCACGACUACCACCCCCUUAUCGCCUGCACCGCAAAUAUCAGCGAGUCCCAAGGGUUCGGAUCACUGUAACUCUGACGUUCCAUUGGCGUUGGUGGCCGGGCCAGGAGACCAUCCCGGGGCGCCGACCCCCCUCGACCUCUCCAGCAUCAGGGACUCGCUCCCUUCACCACUGCGCUCUCGCCCUUGCCCACAUGCUGCUGUUAUCCUUCUCUGCUCCCAGAAAACACGUGAUGCUCGCUGUGGCCAAUAUGCGCCCUUGCUUCGGCGCGAAUUUGAAAGACAUUUGCGGCCGCUUGGCCUAUAUCGUGAUCUCACCGAUGAUAGGCCCGGCGGUGUGGGAAUCUAUUUUAUUAGCCAUGUCGGAGGUCAUAAAUACUCUGCAAAUGUUAUAGUCUAUCGAAGACGAAACUUUGACUGGUUCAAAGAACGAGAUGGCGCCGACGAGGAAAGCCAGCUGACGAGCGAGUCCGAUGAAGGAGCUGCCCAGGGCAUAUGGCUUGCCCGAGUGCGGCCAGAGGAUUGUGAAGGAAUUGUAAAGUUUACGGUUCAGCAGGGAAAGGUAGUGAAACCAGACUUGCAACUCAGAGGCGGCUUCGACCGCCAAAGGGGAUUGAUCAGUUGGUGA